GCCCUGCUCUCCCGUGCGGCCAUGUCCGAGGGGGAGAGCAAGGAAAGCUUGGGCGGCGAGUGCCCCGUGUGCUACGAGAAGUUCCGCGAAAUGGAGGGCGCCAGCCGGACGCUGAGCUGUGGCCACAUGUUCUGCCAUGACUGCCUGGUCAAGUACCUCCUCUCCACGCGUGUGGACGGGCAGGUCCAGAGGACCGUCGUCUGCCCCGUCUGCCGCUACGUCACCUUCCUCGACAAGAAGAGCUCCUGCUGGCCCUCCAAGCUGGACAAGAGCUCUCAGACCCUGGUCGUGCCCUUGGACCCGCCGCCCGGCCUGCUCCAGGAGCCGCAGAUCUUCCUCAUCAGCAGCCAUGGGAUACCCCUGGGGAAGCAGGACAGCAUCCUGCCCGGGCGCAGCCUGGCCGAGCUCUUGGAGGCCUCCCCGGUGCCCAGCUCCACCCGGUCGUUCUGCAGCCGCUUCCAGGCCCUACUGCUCAUCGUCCUCAUUGCCGUGGUGUCCGUGGUGGCUGCCAUCCUGCCCUGGGUGCUGCUGGUGAGGAAGCACGCGUGA